UCGGUUUGUGCGUUUCUCGUCUGCAGUCACGGCAAUAAAGCUUCCCCGGUGAUAUCCCUGCGGUUAUUAACAUCAUAAAAUAAGAUUUUAAUACGCAGCUAGCUUUUGUUUCUGUCAGAAGCGACGCAUCAAUAUCACAAUGGCGACUCCACUGAUUAGCCAGGUUUCCAUAAUUUUUUCGCUAUGCAUUUCUGACCUGGUCUCCGAAAAGCUUCGCUACUCGAUUCCCGAGGAAAUGGAACGUGGAACCUUUGUUGGCAACGUCGCUGACGAUCUAGGAUUAAAGGUUUGGGAAUUAUCGAGCCGCAAAUUUCUGCUGAUUUCUGAUUACUCGAAGCAAUUCAUAGAGGUAAAUGUAGAAAAUGGUUUCUUGUUUGUUAAUGAAAGAAUCGACAGAGAACAGCUUUGUAGCAAAACCGCUGCAUGUUCUCUCUUUUUCCAAAUCACGCUCGAUAAUCCUUUGGAAGUGUAUCCCGUUGAAGUGGAGAUACUAGACGUAAAUGAUAAUUCACCCGUCUUUUCCAAAAAGGAAUUCGAUUUGCAAAUCAGUGAAUUAAACGCGCUGGGGGCACGUUUCCUUCUCGAGAGCGCGCGUGAUCUGGAUGUGGGUACAAAUACAAUCAACACAUACCAGAUCAGUCCGAACGAGCACUUCGGUAUAAAAGUGCAGACAAGAAGAGGUGGCAGUAAAAAUGCCGAGCUGGUAUUAAAGAGGUCUUUGGACCGUGAACAACAAUCAAUGUUUACUCUGGUAUUGGCGGCUAUCGAUGGUGGGAUUCCGCAGAGAUCUGGCACAGCGCGAAUCAUCAUUAAUGUCAUGGACGCAAAUGAUAACGCCCCCGUAUUCGAUCAUGAAACCUACAGGACGUCAGCGCUAGAAAACAUCGCGAAUGGCUCUUUGGUGUUAAGGGUUCAUGCUACUGAUAUAGAUGAAGGAACAAACGCGGAGGUAACAUAUUCUUUCUCACAUCACGUUAACCAAAAUAUUCGCGACUUGUUCAAAUUGGACCCUGUGACUGGAGAGAUUAGAGUUCAAGGAGUAAUAGAUUUUGAAGAAACAAAUGCAUAUGAAUUUGACAUCCUGGCGGUGAAUUCCGCUCCACCUGAAUUGUCAGCCCAUGCAACUGUUGCUAUCGAUGUCAUUGACACUAACGAUAAUCGCCCUAACUUGCAAGUAACAAUACUAUCGAGUGCUGUGCAGGAAGAUGCUGCUUCGGGGGUUAGUAUAGCUCUGAUCAGCGUAACGGAUCGCGAUUCUGGAGAAUAUGGGGAAGUUCAGUGUCAGAUUCCUGACAGUAUUCCGUUCAAGAUCGAAAAAUAUCUGAAGGGCAACUACAAAUUGAUUACCAAUGGCUUUCUGGAUCAUGAGAUUACCCCACUGUACAAUAUCUCCGUUUUAGCCUGGGAUGGUGGAUUUCCUCCUCUUUCAAUUAGUAAAUCCAUUGUGGUUUCAGUUACUGAUGUAAAUGACAAUGCACCAAUAUUUACACAAUCGUCAUACAACGUGUAUCUGAUGGAAAAUAAUACUCCCGGUGCUUCUAUAUUUGCUGUUAGUGCAAAUGAUGCUGAUUUGAAUCAGAAUGCGGAAAUAUCUUAUUCCAUUCUAGACGAUCAAAAGCACGAAAUACCUUCUUCCGCGUACAUCACGAUUAAUUCCAAAACCGGGAACAUUUACGCACUGCGCUCCUUCGACUAUGAGCAACAGAAACAUUUCCAUGUGGCAAUUCAAGCUCAGGAUGCUGGAUCACCUCCACUGAGCAGCACUGCCCUUGUAAAGUUUAUUAUCCUGGAUCAAAAUGACAAUGCACCCAUUAUUGUUUCACCUUUAACUUGGAACACAUCAGCAACAGUGGAGAUCCUGCCCAAAGCAACAUAUCCAGGGUACCUGGUCACCAAGGUACUUGCGUCUGACAAAGAUUCUGGCCAGAACGCAAGGCUUUCCUACCAGUUACUGGAAGCCACUGAUACUGGCCUUUUUACUGUGGGACAUCUCUCUGGAGAAAUCAGAACAACACGAGCAUUUAGUGAUCAAGAUAUCAGUACAGAAAGAUUGGUCCUCCGUGUGAAGGAUAAUGGACAGCCAAGUCUUUCCACUACAGUUGCAAUCUCCUUUACCGUAACUACCAACGUAACUGAGAAAUCGUUUGAACAAACUGAUAAGCCCAGACGCCUGGAACAUUUUUCUGAUAUAAACAGCUACCUCAUCAUUAUAUUAGGAUCAAUUUCCUUUUUAUUUCUCAUGCUCAUUGUUUGUUUGCUCGUCCUGAAGUAUCGACAAGAUAGAAAUAUUGCUGAAGAUUACAGCCCCACAGUUUGUUGUUAUCGUCAGGGUAAUUCAGAUGAUGGCUUGAAUCGACCAACAGGACGCCAUCCUUUGAGUUAUAGUGGGGCCGUUCAGACUGAAACUUAUCAUUACAGUGUGUGUUUGUCACCAGAAUCAUCGAAGAGUGAUUUUCUCUUUUUGAAACCCUGUCAUCCUACGUUGCCGUUCAAUGAAAUGGGUGUUCAUGACAACAACUCCCAGACAAUCGCCGUGGUGUUUCCUCAAAAUAAUGUCCUCGGCUCAGAGAUCUUCAUUUGCUUCAUCAACAUAUCUCCCCCUUUGAUAAAGCCAGAAGUGGGCAACAUUACGGGAAGCCUCAUUAUAUUGGUGCGACAAGACAAUUUAAUGAUAAGUCCAGAAAAUACUGAAAAUGCUCAGUAUCUGUGGCUGCAGAGUCAGAGCGAACGUUCCAGUUUUUGGAAGGAGUGCAGCUUUAAGGUCGUUUGUUGCAGUUAUUGGUUGCGACACUUUGCGUCGCUGUCCGCCAAUAAGGAGCUGAAACAGCGGUCGAGAUCUACCCACCUCCUCUCGCAGGGAUUAAAGAAGAAGAUUGAAAGAGCAAUGGCGAACAUAUUCGGCAUCGGAGCGUCUUUCAUUUUUCUGCAAACCGUGUUGGAACUGGUUUUGGGGCAAAUUCGCUACUCGAUUCCCGAGGAAUUGGAAUAUGGGGCCUUUGUUGGGAAUAUUGCUGAGGAUUUGAGUCUAAACGUUCAGGAAUUAUCGGCCCGCAAAUUUCGUACCGUCUCUGACAGCAGAAAGCAAUACAUGGAGGUAAAUCUGAAAAAUGGAAUUUUGUUUGUUAAUGCAAGAAUAGACAGAGAACAGCUCUGCAAAAAAAGCUCUACCUGCUUCCUUUCCUUCCAAAUAGUGCUGGAAAAUCCUUUGGAAAUGCAUCGCGUUUCAGUGGAAAUACUAGAUAUAAAUGAUAACGCACCGCGUUUUUCAAAGGACGAAUAUGUUUUACAGAUUAUUGAGGCGAUUGCGCCAGGAAUGCGAUUCCCUCUUGAGAGCGCUCACGACGCGGACGUAGGCAGAAAUGCAGUCAGCAUUUACCAGAUCAGCGUAAACGAGCAUUUCAGCCUCAAAUUUCAGACCAGAAAUGAUGCGAGUACAAGUGCCGAAUUGCUGCUAGAAAAGCCUUUGGAUCGUGAAGAACAGUCAACCUUUGAUCUUGUGCUUACUGCCAUUGACGGUGGGGUGCCCCAGAGAUCCGGUACUACUCGGAUUCGAAUUUAUGUUAUGGACGUCAAUGACAACGCACCUGUGUUUGAUCAUGAAACAUACAGAGUCAAUGUUGAAGAAAACACUCCUAAAGGUACUUUAGUUGUGGAACUCAAUGCUGUUGAUUUAGAUGAAGGCACAAAUGCUGAGCUAACAUAUUCUUUCACAAGUCACGCUUCGCAAAAGGCUCGUGAGGUUUUCAAAUUAGACCCGAUAACUGGAGAAAUCAGAGUUGAAGGAGUUCUAGAUUUUGAAGAAUUGGCUAUAUAUGAACUUGAUGUAGAAACUGUGGAUAAAGGUUCCUAUCCAAUGCUCGGACGUGCCAAAGUUAUCGUCGAAUUAAUUGAUACGAAUGACAAUGCCCCCGAGAUUGAGGUGACGUCAUUAUCCAGUACAGUAUCAGAAGAUGCUCUACCAGGGACCAGAAUAGCUACAAUCAAUGUCAGGGAUGCUGACUCCAGUGAAAACGGACAAACUCAAUGUGAUGUUGACAUGGAUGUACCAUUUCAAUUGCAGAUGACUAUGAGCAACAAUUAUAAAUUGGUCACUAGUCGUACUUUGGAUCGGGAAACAACACCAGUGUACAAUAUAUCAAUUUUGGCUCGUGACAGAGGAUCUCCGCCUCUAGUUACAAAGAAGCUUCUAAUUGUAUCAGUUUCUGAUGUAAACGACAACGCUCCAAGGUUUACACAAUCCUCAUAUAACGUGUUUGUAAUGGAAAACAAUAAUCCUGGUGCUUCUAUAUUUGCCGUCACUGCUUCGGAUGCAGAUUUGGAUCAAAAUGGGGAAGUGUCUUAUCUUAUCUUGAAAAAGCAAAUAAAAGGUGGAUCUCCCGCACCUUAUAUUACAAUUAACUCAAAGAGUGGAAAUAUUAAUGCUCUACUGUCAUUCGACUAUGAAAAGUUGAAAAACUUUGAGUUCAAAGUUCAAGCUCGCGACGCUGGAAAUCCCCCAUUGAGCAGUACUGCCAUUGUGAAUGUUAUUAUUCUGGACCAAAAUGACAAUGCUCCUAUUAUUGUUUCGCCUUCAGCGUGGAAUAAUUCAUCAGCUGUGAAGAUUCUGAGCCAAUCGCUAUAUCCGGGGAAUUUGCUCACCAAAGUAAUCGCAACCGAUGCGGAUUCAGGACAGAACAUGCGGCUUUCCUUCAAAAUUAUUGAAGCCACGGAUCCCAGUCUCCUCAGUAUCGGCCUGUUCACUGGAGAAAUAAAAGCAGUCCGAGGUUAUAAGCAAUACGACUCCACCAUGCAAAGAGUAGUGAUCCUGGUGAAGGAUAAUGGACAGCCCAGUCUCUCCAGCACGGCGACAGUCUACUUUUCAAUCAUGCCCAAUGGUACAGAUAAACUCUCUGUGUAUAGUCACCAACCCAGAAAUCGUGAACAAUUUUCGGAUCUGAAUGUUUAUUUGAUCAUCAUAUUUGGUUCCACAUCCUUUAUGUUCCUUGUAAUCAUAAUUUUCCUAGUGGUACUGAAGUGUAAACAAGCCAGAAGUUCAAAUUACUACGAUUCUACAAAUUAUUGUUGCUGCAGCCAGAGGGAGUCGAAUGCUGCUUUUAAUCGAAGAGCUAUUCCGAAAGAAAUGAACAGUUAUCCUCGUGGUCCUCUGACUGUCCCCAUUCCUGAAGGAAAUCAGUACACUCUCUGUUUAUCUCCAGAAUCAUCCAAAAGUGAUUUCUUAUUCUUGAAGCCUUGCGAGAUAACGUUACCUCUUAAUGAUAUCAAUGUUCAUGGAAGCAGUGUAGGAAAAUAAUAAUUUUCUCCUGGAAAUGAUUGAUAACAUUUUACUGUUGAGUGGAAUUUAUCUAUUGUCCAUUAGUUUUAAAUGCACCUAUGCACAUAAACAACAUUCAUAAAUGUACAAAUAUUAAUCAUCAUAUCUGUUUGUUUGAUACGGAUGCUUUGAAUGGCUUUAGUGGAGCAUGUUGUAUAAAUGCUAGAGCAAAUAACUCUCUGCCAAACUGUUGCAAUUUUUAUCUUGUCAAAGUUACUAAAUAUUUGGAAUCAACAUUCUUCCAGUAACUAGAAAUAUAGGCAAUGAUGGGUCUAAAAUAUUUCUGGUCAUUUUGAUCCCUUAAAAUCAUAGAUUUUAGAUAAGAAUAUGUGAAGUACUUAGGCAUUUUAAAAUAAGUAUUUUUGCGUAAUAUUCUCAGAUUGUAUUCCUUGAUACGUACAUUGAUUUUGAAAAUCAUAAAGUGAACAUAAAACAAAGAUCAAAUGGACGUAAUUUCAUUUCUCAUUUCGACUAUUAUGUAAAGUUCUGGU